AGCUACUUGAGGUUUGAAGCCAGGUUAGCCUGUCUGCUGAGUCUCGACCUUCGUCCAGGUCUGACCGCAACCAGCAGGAAGUCGGGAUGAGCUCCGUUGUUUCUCGGGUGGCCUCGCGGUCCUGGAAGAUAUCCCAGGCCUUCUUCCGUCCCCCUCUGAGGACGGCGACUACGACCAGCGCGGGCGAAGUGCUCCCGAUGCCGCACGUCACCAGGUUCGGCCUCAUCGGGAUUUUCUGCACGGUCGUCCCCGGCCUCCUCAUAGGAGCAACCAUAAGCAAAAAGAUGGCCAAUUUCUUGGAAGAGAACGAACUCUUCGUACCCUCGGAUGAUGACGACGACGACGACUAGCAUCGCACACUGUAGAUCCUUCUGCAGAUUUUCAGCUUCACCUUAGCAGGGUUGUUUUAUUUGCAUCGCUCUCUAGACACGUGCAAUAAUUAUUUUAAUUUUUAAUUUAAACAAACAAAAAACCUGAGAAACCAGCAUAUUUUCAGUAUUCUGCAGCAUUGUAAUAUAAUUUUUAUUUUUUCGAUAAGUAGUUUUGAAAUAACAAAAUUUUACAUUGAACAAAACGGUUCAAUAUUUUUAUGUCUUUUAAAGAACAACCACAUUACAUUUGCCUAAACGAUUGUUCUAGUCAUUAAAACACAAUUAUGUGCUAACUUUAAUUUUAUUGUUAUCUAAUUAAUAAUUUGUAUCUAUUUUACUGUAAAUAUACAAUUUUAUUUAUAGA